UUUUUUUUCCCUUUGAAACCACUGGUAACAUCUUAAAGAAAAUAAACAUAAAAAAAUUGAGCAUGUUCCCAGUAAAUAUAUACCUGCCAAACAUACCUCUUGAACAAUUCAUAAUAGAAUAAGAAAGGAAUAUUCCUGCCAAAAUUGUAUUGGGAAUCGACAAACAGAGUGGAUUUGAUUAGGUUUCACCCACUGCCUGCCUGCCACACACACACACAGAGCGAUUGGAGAGAAAAAGGGGAGAUUUUCUCAGAACUUGCUUGCAUUGCAACCUUUCAUUGCAAGAACUCAGGGACUGGAGGAGCAGAUGUGUAGGAGGGGAGGGGUGAAGCAUUCUUGUGUGAUUCAGCAGAACAGCAUACUCCAGGAAAGGAGAAACAUUCAGAUCUCUUCUCUGUGAGAGGUAAGCCAGGUAUGCCUUGCGACAGAGAUACUUUGAUACUCAGAAAAGGUGGCUGCAGACUUGGAAUUGCACUAGCUGAUUUGGUUGAAGAGGCCUAUCACAAAAUAAACAAUUUACAAAUAUGGGAAAUGUUAUGUCAAGGUGUACACAUGGGAUCAGCCUAGCUCUGCAGAAGUGUCGGUUGCAGAAAAAAAACUCGGAGGCAGGGACGUUGAAAGAAAGAAAGAAUCAUGUAGAAUGGUGUGACCAGAUAAAGACACACGAAGAAGAAAUACAAACUGUUCCUGAAAGUGGACAACAGGUUGUUGGGAUGCCAGUCACCAGUCAUGCAGCUUUUGAAAACAUUUCAGAAGGAGAAAAAAAAAGUCUUUUCUUGUGCAGUGACAUUGAGUGCAGAAAUACUAAUGGGUCUCCAGGAGAAUGUUUCCAGCAUUCAAAUUUGCUAUUAGAUAAAUUGGCUGGGGAAGAGAGUUUAAUAACUGAAGAUACUUUGCCUGUUGUGAAGAAAAGUGCAGCACACACAAGCACACAGGCACACAUCAGCUCAGGAGAAGUGAAGACAUCUGCAAAUCAGAAUGAUGAAGAGGGCCAUAUUUCUGAGCAAAUCAAAGUGCUUGUACAGCGACAAGAGAAAGUGUUACAUGAUCUGCAGGCUUUGCAAGGAGCUGUCCAAACCAUUGCACAGAAACAAGGUGUAGACCUCACAGAACUUACAGAGUCAUCGCCAGUCCCUUCCCGAAGCUCAAGUUUGGUCACAACCUCUGUUUCUGAAAUAUCUCCUUUACAGGAAGGCAAAUUUCAGGAAAUAGUCGUGAGUGCUGACCCAACCAAUGUGCCUCUGUCUUUGCUGGUGCUGCUGAAGCAACUGUCUGCCCAGUAUAGGGUACUUACCAACACCUUUGUUCACUCAUCGGCCAUCAACACACCAGAAAAUCUGCGCAGAUUUCUUUCCAAUGGCAUACAGCAAGGUUCACGCAGUGACUACCAGUUGUCAGUCAGCAUCAUUUGGAAGAAAGAUCCAGAUGGGCCACGAUUGAUGGUUAACCCAACUCGACAGACUUCUGUCAGAGGAGAGGCCAACAUUGCUCGGUAUUUGGCUCGUCUGCUUCAGCCAGCUUAUGAUGCAGGGGACAUCAUCAAAGCAACGCAGAUUGAUGAGCUGCUUGAUCUGGCUCAACUGCAGGUGAUUUGUGGCAACAACAAGGAGCGCGCUGCUGCACUGCGAACUCUGAAUGCUCGCUUAGGGAAGUCACAGUGGUUGGUGGAUUCACUGCCUACUGUAGCUGAUGUGGUGUUGUGGUCUGCUCUCCAGACCACAUGUUUAGCUGCUGAUGCUCCUGCCAAUGUCAAAAAAUGGCUUAAAGGCUGUGCAGAGUUGGUAUGGUUUCAGGAGGCUAUCCAGUUUAUGUCUUCUUGAUUCAGUAGUAAAAGAGAUUGAUUUCUGACAUUAAUGUAACUCUUAAGCAGGUGAUUUUCAAAAUUUAAAAACCUUGGAGUUAAAA